AUGGCAGCAAAGGCAGUGGCCGUUAUCGCAGGCGUCGGCCCAGGGACGGGGGCUUCUAUUGCUCGCCGCUUUGCUCAAAAGUACCCAGUAGCUCUGCUUGCUCGCAACCCAAAGAACUACGAGGGAGUUGUCGACGAUAUCACUAAAGGUGGUGGAAAAGCCGUCGGGUUUAGUGCAGAUGUAUCAGAUGCAAGCAGCAUUAAUCAUGCAUUUGCGGAGAUCGACAAGGCUUUUCCUGGUAGUCUGCUAGCAGCUGCUGUGUACAACGUUGGCGGAGGCCUUUCUGUAAAGCCGUUCCUGGAGCUGACCGAGGAUGAGUUCACUCAGGGAUUCAAAACUAAUGGGUAUCUGUUCAUUUAA